GCUUGCAUGCGAACGAGGUGGAGCCGUUCUGCCAGGAUGCCAUCCUCACACUGCGGCGCUGCACGGCGCACAGGGAUGAGGUGCUGCGAGCGCGGCUGCUGCAGGCAGAGGGGGAGGCAGCGGGCUGUCGAUCGCCAGAGGGGAAUGAGGAGCGAGUGGGGCAGAUGAGAGGGCAGGCGGAGCAACUGGAGAGGAAUAUCUGGGCAGAGGGGGGAAGGGGGAAGGGAAAGGGCAAUAAAAGAAGGGAUCUAAUAGACGGGAUGAAGGAGCGUUUUGUGAUCUGGGUUGCAAUGCUCCCACUGUCUUUCUCCCCUCUUUCUCCUCUCUUUCUCCAAUCCUCCCCCCCCUCCCCCCGUUUUUUCCUCUUUCUUCCCUCUUUCUCCCCGUUUCCGCCCUUUCCUCCCCCAUUCUCCCCCUUUUGUCCCCCGUCUCCCCCGUUCAUUCCCCGUCCUCCCCCUUUUCUUCCCCGUUCUCCCCCCUUACUCCCGCUUCUAUCCCCCAUUCUCCCCACUACCUCCCUGUUCUCCCUCCUUUUCUCCCCCGUUCUCCCCUUUUUCUCCCCUGUUCUCCCCCUUUUUCUCCCCCGUUCUCCCCCUUUUCUCCCCCGUUCUCCCCCUUUUCUUCCCCGUUCUCCCUCCUUUUUCCCCCCGUCCUCCCCCUCUCCUCCCCCGUUCUCCCCCUUUUUCUCUCCCGUUCUCCCCAUUUUUCUUCCCCGUUCUCCCAAUUUUCUCCCCUCCAGUGGCACGCCGAACGGUGUAUUUACAUGCUUUAUUCACUUCCACGCACCCCCUGCAUUCCCCGCUUGCCACACUCACAGGCGCCUCAUCCUGGCCAAUGCCACGCCCGGCCCUGAGGGCUUCCACAUGUGCUGGAGGCUGCAUGUCAUCAAGUGCUUCCCUUACUCUCACUACUUAUUCCCAGCUCACACUUCCUUGAUUCCAAACCCACACUUACAUCCCCCACUCACACGUGCAGACGCCUCAUCCUGGCCAGUGCCACGCCCGGCCCUGAGGGCUUCCAGACGCGCUGGAGGCUGCACGGCGAGCUGCAAGACACCAGGUGAGGUGCCUCUGGCCCCACCUUCCGUGCUGGAGGGUGCAUGGCCAGCGCCUUCCCCACCUUCUCACCCACCCCCUCUCUGCCUCGCUCCCUGCCUCGCUCCCUGCCUCGCUCCCUGCCUCGCUCCCUGCCUCGCUCCCUGCCUCGCUCCCUGCCUCGCUCCCUGCCUCGCUCCCUGCCUCGCUCCCUGCCUCCCUCCCUCCCUCCUCCCUCCCGCCCUCCCUCCUUCCCUCCUCCCUCCCUCCCUCCCUCCUCCCUCCGUCCCUCCCUCCCGCCCUCCCUCCCUACACUGCCCACAGUUGCUGUCUGGUUAUCCCUGCCCACCCAUUCUGCCAUUGUCCCAUACCAUUUCUUCUCACCACUGUCAUCCCUCCACCAUCAUCCCUCCACCAUCGUCCCACCACCAUCAUCCCUCCACCAUCAUCCCUCCACCAUCACCCCUUCGCCAUCAUCCCUCCACCAUCAUCCCUCCACCAUCAUCCCUCCACCAUCGUCCCUCCACCAUCGCCCCACCACCAUCAUCCCUCCACCAUCAUCCCUCCACCAUUAUCCCUCCACCAUCACCCCACCACCAUCACCCCACCACCAUCACCCAUCACCCCUCCACCAUCACCCCUCCACCAUCACCCCUCCACCAUCACCCCUCCACCAUCACCCCUCCACCAUCACCCCUCCACCAUCACCCCUCCACCAUCACCCCUCCACCAUCACCCCUCCACCAUCACCCCACCACCAUCACCCCUCCACCAUCACCCCUCCACCAUCACCCCACCACCAUCACCCCUCCACCAUCACCCCUCCACCAUCACCCCUCCACCAUCACCCCUCCACCAUCACCCCUCCACCAUCACCCCUCCACCAUCACCCCUCCACCAUCACCCCUCCACCAUCACCCCUCCACCAUCACCCCUCCACCAUCACCCCUCCACCAUCACCCCACCACCAUCACCCCUCCACCAUCACCCCUCCACCAUCACCCCUCCACCAUCACCCCUCCACCAUCACCCCUCCACCAUCAUCGUCACCAUCAUCUCUUCACGUCCCUUCACCAUCUUUCCUCCACCAUCAUCCCUCCCCCAUCAUCACCAUCAUCCGCAUCGCACAGGGCAAGGAUGAAGGUGCUUGAAGCCAAGAUGCACGAGCAGGUGCAGGCGUCCAGAGACAAAGAAAGGGCCAGCAAGCCGUGGUGGCGAAUAAUAUAG